GCCUCUCGGGAGACGGCAUUCAUGCACAGCAUAACAGCCGCGGGUGUCGUCCACGCCAUAGCCCGGGCGUGUAGAGACGGACAGCUAUCCCACUGUGGCUGUAGUCGUGCGGCGAGACCUAAAAAUUUACACCGAGAGUGGAUUUGGGGCGGAUGUGGAGACAAUAUCGACUACGGCUACAAAUUUGCCAAAAGUUUUGUGGACGUGAAAGAAAGGGAGACCAACUAUCAGAAGGCUUCCCGAGACCAGGGAAGGAAAUUAAUGAAUCUUCACAACAACGAGGCCGGCCGUAGGGUAGUGUUGCCAUUUCAUUGUCUUAUAUUAUCAUCAUUUUUAUGUGUUUCACAAGUCGUUUCCCUUUAG